CCUAAUUCCGUCAGUCAAUGAAUCCACGAUACUGGAUGGAUCCACGAUAAAAUAUCGCGUGUAACUAGAAACGGAUCGCAAUUAAAUCGUUUUCACAUUUAAUUGUGUUAACUGCGCACGAGUGAUGAUUUGCAGUGAGAUAUUAUGACACAAUAAGAUCGAAUAAACAUGAAUCUCGCUGUGAUGAUUAUCAUUUGGCUUGUAUCGGCGACGCCGCGUUUAUGUGAUGCGCUCGACGAGGAUGCGGUCGAUUAUUAUUCGUUCGCGGACAAUGAUGGCAACUUCGAGUACACCAACGUCACGAAUUGCACCAACGAUUACUGCAUCCCGGACGAGGAUUACAUCGAACUUAUGGUGCAGCACAUAUUUCCGAAAUUCACUGACUGGGUGCUGAUUGCAAUGCACAGCGUCGUCUUCAUAAUCGGUCUAAUUGGCAACGCACUUGUCUGCAUGGCCGUCUAUCGCAAUCACUCGAUGCGUACCGUGACCAAUUAUUUCAUCGUCAAUUUGGCGGUGGCCGAUCUUCUCGUCUUGCUGAUCUGCCUCCCACCGUCGGUUCUCUGGGACGUCACGGAGACCUGGUUCCUCGGAUUAAAACUCUGCAAGGCCGUGCCGUAUCUUCAGACAGUAUCGGUGAGCAUCAGCGUUUUGACGUUGACUUUCAUAUCGAUCGACCGGUGGUACGCUAUAUGUUUCCCAUUGAGAUUCAAGUCCACGACAGCCCGAGCGAAAACCGCUAUCAUUGUAAUCUGGUUGAUAUCAUUGCUUUUUGACAUUCCAGAACUACUGGUGUUGCACACGGUGCCGUCAAACAGUCGAGUGCAGACUAUAUUAUUCACGCAGUGUGUCUGUGCGUGGAGUCAAGAAAGUCAAACUACCUUCACGAUUGUCAAGCUGAUCUUUUUGUAUACGAUGCCAUUGCUUUUCAUGAGCGUCGCGUACUGGCAGAUUGUACGCGUUCUUUGGAAAAGCGAUAUUCCAGGACAUAAUUUGUCUACCAGAAUCUGUCGUUCAACUAAGAUUCCACUGUCGGGAGGUGGAAACCCGGAGGGUCAACUGAGAUCUCGACGGAAAGCGGCGAAGAUGUUAGUCGCCGUAGUCAUCACAUUCGCGACAUGUUUCUUUCCUGUACACUUGCUCUCUAUUUUAAGAUGUACCAUGGCGUUACCGUCGAAUCAAUGGACGAUAGCCAUUAGCCUAAUUGCCCAUUGGCUUUGUUACUUCAACAGCGCAGUGAAUCCUGUCAUCUAUAAUUUUAUGAGUGGGAAGUUUCGCAAGGAGUUCAGGCGUACCUUCCGAUGUUCCCACAACGGUGGGACCUGCGUCCAUAAAAGCGGAUACGUCACGGGUAUCUCGGAUCCGCUCAAACAGAGAUCUCGGAAUUAUACGAGGUCGAUUCAUACCAUGUCUAAUAACAAUAAUGUUCGGCAAAGCACCGAGGUCAUACCUCUCAGUGCCAUAAUCAACAUAGCGCAAAACAACGAGAAACAGGAGUGAGUCUCGUUUCUCGUAUCUUAAAUCUGCGCCAAUAUUCUUCUACACAAUUUCUUCAACCAGUGGAAUCCAGUUUCUCUUAACGAUACCAAGACAUCUACAGAUUUUCAAAUAAUUAACGAUUAACAGAAACUGAUUCUUAAGAGAUUAAGACGAAACGGGCAAAAGUAGGUAAAAAUUGAGAAAAAUUGCGCAAAUGAUCAUUUUCAGAAGAAAAAGUUCAUAUUUAUUAUCGAAGAAAAUUGUAAUUAAAAGAAUAUUUGGCGAGUUGCACUUUGUGUACAGCGAAUAAGGUAUAAUCUCUCUAAAGUCAAUAGCUCAGUACAUCCAUAAAUGUGUAAUCGAGUAGUUCCUAUAUAAAUUGUUAUAUAAGUAAACCUCGUUCGCAAUGAACUUUCUCGAAGUUCUGUUGAAUCGAGAUGAACUGAGUUGUAUAGUAUUCAAUUAAUGUAAUAGGCAAUUAUAUAAUGUACAUGAGUCCGCACGAUAUCGUUAAGAUUUGCUGCUUUAAACAUUUUACUUUAUUAUACUGUAGAUAUAGAUGUAGAUAACAAUGUACAUCACAGAUCGAUAACUGAGUGGAGACCUAAAGAGACGCACGAUAAAAUUCCAAAAAAGUAAACGUAAGAGUGUAAAUAUAAAGCGUUAUAUACCUAUUCCGGCACUUAAAGCAGUUAUACCUCGUUUUUUUCGUGUCACUUGCAAUAUUUAUUUUUUUCCUAUAAUACAUUUGACAUUUCAAUCAAAAUAUAUCUACAAAGUUUAAUAAAGUGUAUGUAAUCCUAACGUUUAAAGCUUAAAAUUAUAUUAUAUAAAGUUAUUACUAGUGGUAUUAUAUAUAAGUUUUUAUAAACUGUACAAUAUAUGCUACAGCGAAUAAUGUGUUUAUGCUCGCUUCGUUUUCACUUACAUUUACAUUUUUAUUGCGUAGAAGUGCCGUUUAUCAUGUAUAAAUUUCCUACCGAAAGUUUCCAUUUUUUUUCUCAAAAAAUUUUGUUUAAGGCUUUGUAUAACUUUAUGUAGUUAUACUCUUAAAUGUAAUCAAUCAUGGCGAGUUAGAAACAAAAUUAAUUGAUCGUUCCGUCUCAAUCGCUCUCUCGCUGUUUUUGUAAUAUAUUUGCAAAAAUAAUCGUCUUACUUCAUUAAUUAAAUACUCUAGCAUAUUUAAGUUAGACCUUAGAUGCGCAAAUAUUAAUAUUGCGAAAGAAAAAAAAUACUCUGUACUCUAUCUUUAUGACAAAGGUCGAUUUGUAUCUCCAUAGAACAUGCAAAAACGGCCAGUGAAACUUAAAGCAUGUAAAUAAAAUAUAAUAAAGAAGGAUUCAUUAUAAUAUGAAAGAAAAAACUAAAAAUAAUAUGAAAGAAAAAUAGACAUUAAAUCUGUUUUCUCACUUUUGUAGCUUUCUUACGUUUUCUAUCCCGUAAAAUAAACUAACUAGUUAGUUUAUCUCACUCUUUUUUUUCAAACGAGGGUGGGAAUCGAAAGAGGAGUGCAGA